AUGUCAAGUUGUUACAAAGCUAGAAAAUAUAAAGACUAUACAAGUAAUGACUUAUCCAAAUGUCUUAAAGAGGUUAAAUGUAAAAAGCUGACACAAAAGCAAGCUGCUGCUAAAUAUGGCAUCAGUCGAAGAACGAUUUGUUACAAAUUAAAAGGAAAACACAACUUAAAACCUGGUAAACCAUACUUCUUUUCCAAAUUUGAGGAAGCUGCUUUUGUGAAGUGUACCAUUCAAUUAAGUGAUUUUGGAUUUCCAAUCGGUAAAGAAGAUUUACGUCAUUUUAUGAAUAAUUAUCUAAUUAGUUCAGGAAAAAAAGUAAAAGAGUCUAAAAUCUUUCCUGGGCCUGAUUUAGUUAAUUCAUUUUUACAAAGACAUCCACAGCUUACAUGUAAAUUUGUGUCAAACUUAAAAAAAUCUCGAGCAAUAGUUAAUGAAGAAAUUUUAAAGGAUUAUAUUCAGCAAUUAUCAAUAACUGUACAAAAUGUACCUCCAAGCAACAUAUAUAAAAACGAUGAAACAAAUUUGACUGAUGAUCCAGGGUCAAAAAAAUGCUUGGUAAAAAGAGGUAAUAAAUAUCCAGCAUAUAUAAGCAACACUUCAAAAACAAGUAUUUCUAUUAUGAUAUCAGGUAAUGCUGCAGGUGAAGUUCUACCACCUUUUUUAGUUUAUAAAGAUGUAAAUCUGUGGUCGACUUGGUGUGUAGGAGGUCCUAAAGGAGUCAGAUAUUUCAACACUAAAAGUGGAAUUAAAGUUUUGUUAGACGAUAACUUAUCCUCUUAUAUCUCUCCAAAAGUAAUUAAUGCUUAUGAAAUAAAUGAAAUUCUGUUUGUUUGCCUGCCACCUAAUAGCACGCAUAUAACUCAACCUCUAGAUGUGGCUUUCUUUAAACCUUUAAAAACAGCUUGGCAUAAAAUUAUUACAGAGUAUAAAGAUUCUCUUGCUGGCUGCACAAAAACAUCUCUUGAAAAACAACGUUUUCCAGAACUUUCGAACAAGUUAAUGAUUGCUAUAGAACCAAAUCAGGCUAACAACUUAAAAUCAGGUUUUAGAAAGUGUGGUAUUAGUCCAAAAGAAUUAAAAGUAACACAAGGUAUUAUAGAUUUAAGUAAAGACGUAAGUAAUAGAGAUAAAAAUAUCAUUGUUUUUGGAAUACCAAAUUCAACUGAUUCGGAUGAAUAG